UCCAAAGGAAACCCAUGGCAAGGCACUGUGUCCGAUGGGACAGAGCUGUCACAGCUUGGCCACACACACAUCAACUCCAAAAUGAAGACAGUCUGUUAAAAAAAAAAAAAAAAAAUCACUGGCUCCACAUGCUUGUAAAAUGUUUUUUCUUCUUUUCAGUGUCUUAUGUGGAAAAAAACAAGCGAAGGCACGGAGGGGUACAAACAAGAUUUAGGUGCAAAACACACCCUUUAAACCACUUGCUCGGAUUCUUAGAUUACAACAGGAUUACUGAGGAAGGAGUUAAUGUGUAGUCAACACAAGUGAUCCACAACUUGCCGUGAGCCUCACAGAAAACUUGGCCUUUAAUUUAUGUUCUUUAGGUAAUUGACGUCCAGUGUAUUUCCGGCAAAUUAGCAGCUCUGAACCACUGAACCAACACUCACACUGCUGUGGUUUGAACAGUCAGGCAGGCCCCGGCUGGCCACAGGUGGAGGCGGGACCCUCCCGCACAACAGGGAAGGGCACACUCCUUUCCCGCACAGCUUUGGCCCGGAGCAGCCGCGAGGAGCUCCAGCACGGCCGGAGCCGCCAUGGCGCCCCCGCCUCCCCUCACGGCCCCGGGGCCGCCCAGGCCGAGGGGAAGGGGCGGGGCGAGCCCGGGGAGCGUCAGGCGGAAAGGGCGGGAGGCGCGCGCCGGAAAGGAGCCCUCUGAUUGGUCGCCGCCGGAGGCGCGCGCCCGUGGACGGCGGCGCGCGUGAGCGGUUCCCGCCCGCUGAUUGGCCGGCGUGCGCGUCCCCUGCGGCGCGCGCUGACCUUGCCCCGCGGAGCUGCAGCCAUGGUGGCGUAUUGGCGACAGGCCGGGCUCAGCUACAUCCGGUACUCGCAGAUCUGCGCCCAGGCCGUGCGGGCCGCCAUGAAGCCGCAGUACAAAGCGGAGGCGGAGAGGGCAGCGGUGGCCACGGUGAAAACGGUGAAACCCAAAAAGGACUGAAAUGAGCUGAUCUGUGGUGAAUAACAGCAAACUGCAAAGCUGUAGGCAAGCUCAAGACUGCAGUGUAAUGUCAUCACAUGAACUGUAGAACUUGCCUCUGUAUGUAAAUUGGUAUGCUAAUAAAUGUAAUUUCUGAAUGUGUGGAAAGUCUUGUUCCUCUUGAAACAAAGUUUCUGUUCUGCAGAGAUAUUUAAUUUUCAGUUCUGUUAAAAUAAAAGACUGCUUUUAGCACAGUCUGGGCAUGCAGAAGCAACAUUGUUUAUUUUUAAGCCAAAUGUCUUUUUGGGUUUCAUGCUGAUAUUUCAGGUACAUAAAUGAGUGAGAGAUUUGAUAGUUGUUUAAAACUUUUCUGCCAACUACAUUUUAAUGAUUGCUUUGCAAAAAAAUCCUGGCUAAAAUCUGUAUUAGCAGAGAACAUAGCAUACAGUUUUGAAAACAGGAAGCAGGAUAAUUGUGCCAUGGAUGUGCUGCUGGGAAUCAAAUCUCCAAGUCUGAUACAUUUAGCAGUGAAUCAGGAACUGGGAGACCUGGUGUCGUGUAAGAGGUGGGCAAGGAGACAUGUGAGUCUGAAUUGUUUAUCCUCAUUAACACUUUGUCACGAGAGGGACACAUGUUCCCUGGGAAGUAGGAAUGGAGUGGGACACUUCUCUUGGCUGGGAGUCAAAGAUGCACUUUAAGCUGUGUGGGUUUGGGGGAAUUUUUUGCAUUUUCCUGCUGCUGUGUGUCCUCACAGCAGGGAUGACAUUGUCCCACUGCAAAGGAGAAUUGGCUUCGGGUUCCUCUGCCAAGACU